GCCCCGGCAGGAGGCCAAGGAAUCGCUGCUGCCCUGAACCGCCGGGAGCUCGGGGUGACCGGGGCCUGAGGGCGCAGGGAGCUGGGGAUUUUUCAUUCCCAGGGUGUGGCUGAAUGGAGGAAGAGGAGAAGCCCUGGAGAUCCCGCACGAGGAGGGGCUGCAAACCCAGCCCAGGGAGCUGCGGGGAGGAAAGAGCCCCCCUGAGCCAGGAAGGCGGCCAGAGAUCCAGCCGGAGCUUGGAGCUGGUGGAGAAGGCUCAUGGCAGGGAGAAGCCACACAAGUGCUUGGAAUGUGGGAAGAGCUUCAGACAGAGCUCCCACCUGAUCCAGCACCAGGUAAUUCACACUGGGAAACGGCCCUUUGAGUGUGGGGAAUGUGGGAAGAGCUUCAGAGACAGCUCUGACCUGAUCCGGCACCAGAGGAUCCACACUGGGGAACGGCCCUACAAGUGUGAGGAAUGUGGGAUGGAUUUCACCCAGAAUUCCAGCCUGAGGAAACACCAGAGGAUCCACACUGGUGAAAAGCCCUUUGAAUGUGGGAAAUGUGGGAAGAGCUUCAACCAGUGCUCUAGCCUGAUUCAGCACCAGGUGAUCCACACUGGGGAACGGCCCUACACCUGCUUGGAAUGUGGGAAGAGCUUUGGGUGGAUUAGCGCCCUGAGAAAACACCACCAGCGCAUCCACAGUGGGGAGAAACCCUAUGAGUGUCCCAAGUGUGGGAAGGGAUUUCAGAUCAGUUCCGAUCUCCUCGUACAUCAGCGGAGUCACACAGAGGAGAGGCCCUUCCGCUGCCCCGACUGCAGGAAGGGCUUCAGGAAGAACUCUGCCCUCACCAUUCAUCGGCGCAUCCACACCGGGGAGACACCCUACAAGUGUCCUGAGUGUGGGAAGAGCUUCUCCACGGGCUCAACCUUGACCAGACACCAACGGAAGCACCAGUAAGAGAAGGCCUGCAAGUGCCCCAAGUUCUAGAAGAUGUUCAUGCACUGCUGCAACUCCAUCCCCCAUGGGAGGCUCUGGGCUGGAUGAUCCCCAGUAAUCCCCAUUGGGCAAAGCCCUGGUGCCCUAGUAUGGGGAAUAAAACAGAGAGUAAAACAAUGGAGCUGAUAAAGGGGCCUGAUAUCUUAGGCCUGAUUAAGCAGAAACUGUGGGAGACACAGACACAGAUAAAGGCUCCCUGGGCAAGAAGUGACCAAAAACAUGUGAAACUUUGUGAUAAGAUAAAGUUACCUGGUGACAUGAUGUCCUGAAGAAUGUGUAAUCUGUGGUAAAUUGUUACCAAAAAUAGAGCCCUAUAUAAGCACCAUAGAAGUAAAACCCUAUAUAAAGGCCUGGUAUACUCAAUAAAAUUGGCUUCUGAUCUAAA